AUGACAGCCCAAAUUCGACACCCUGCAAAUCUUUUUCCAUCUUCUUCUUCAUACUGCCCCGCCGAUAUCACCUCUGUAAGGACCGUCCUCAAAUUUCGUCCCUCGCCCAAAAUUUCCCACAAAUUCUUCUGUUCAUGCAAAGCUUCCCAAAACCCCCAAAACCCUAAUCCGAAUCAAGAUUGGACCCUCCCAUGGAUUUUCCAAGCCAUCCCAGAUUGGGCCGACAGCGUUAAGGAAAGGGGCAUGAAGCGAAAACGAUCCUUGUACGGCCACGAGAACUGGGUUCAGCACAGAAGCUCCUCAAGGCACGUCCGGCAUUUCAUGUCGAGCUUGAGCUCGCGCGUGAUUCUGUCUCUGGUCCCUCCCGUCAUCUUCUUUACCUCGGUCUCGGCUGUAAUCGCUGCUUAUAACUCAGCUGUUUCGUUGGAUUUGCUGCCCGAGUUUUUCCCUGUCCUGAGGGCUUCCUCUUUGCCCUAUCAGCUGACGGCCCCUGCUUUGGCACUUCUGCUGGUUUUUAGGACGGAGGCCUCGUAUUCGAGGUUCGAGGAAGGUAAAAAGGCUUGGACUAAGGUGAUUGUGGGGGCUAAUGACUUUGCUAGGCAAGUGCUUGCUAGUGUGGGGAGCCCGAACCCGAACGACGUGUCUCUUAAAAAUGCAAUCUUGAAGUAUAUCAUGGCUUUCCCAGUCGCUCUCAAGUGCCACAUCAUUUAUGGCUCAGAUAUUGCACGAGAUCUCAAGAAUCUUCUCGAAGUUGAGGAUUUAGCGGUAGUUCUCAGCUCAAAACACCGUCCACGUUGCAUAAUUGAGUUCAUCUCUCAAAGCCUUCACAUGCUUGAUCUGGAGCCUGCAAAGCUCAAUAUGCUGGAAUCGAAACUCGGUUGUUUUCAUGAGGGAAUCGGGGUGUGUGAACAGAUAUUAGGCACACCUAUUCCUCUCUCGUAUACUCGUUUGACCUCAAGAUUCCUGGUCCUGUGGCAUUUUACUCUUCCGAUCAUACUUUGGGAUGAAUGUCACUGGAUUGUUGUUCCUGCUACAUUUAUUAGUGCUGCUUCUUUGUUCUGCAUUGAGGAGGUAGGAGUGCUUAUAGAAGAACCAUUCCCGGUGCUUGCUCUUGACGAGCUUUGCCUUACGGUUAGGACCAAUAUCGAGGAUGUUUUGAAAAACGAGAAGUUGAUACAAGCUUGCUUGAUCUCAAAAAGGAAAACUCUUUGUGAUAAGCACUGUUCAAAUGGCUGGCCAAGUUCUUUGGAAGAUAGACAGCCUGGUUGA